AAGAACGAUUUCAAUUUAAGAAUUGAAAUCUUUCAAAACCGUCGAAAUCCAAAAUUGUUCUGCGUACCCCUGUCGUUAGAAUUAAGCUAAACCGAGACGGACUACCUUGCCUACCUGCCGUGAACUCCCCGACCCGAAUAUUCAAAAUUAGGGUUCCUUAUUCCCAAUCCCAAAAAAACAACUCCUCAAUCCCCCAAUCACUCCCAUCAAUCUCUAUUCAAUUCAUAUCUUUACAUCCAUUUCUAUCAAUCAAUUAGUUAUUCGAUUAUAUGAUCACAUCCAGCUUACGCAAUUCAUCUCUUUCCAACACUCCCAAAUCCAGUCCCCCCUCUUCAUUCACUUAUUAACACACACACACACACACAGAAAACACACACAUCGAAUUUGUAUAAUGGAUGUGGAUGGAAGUAAGCGCGUGUUUCAGAGAUUAGGUCCUUCGAGUUCGAACUCGAAUACGAAUUCGAAUAAUUCAAGUUUCAACAAGAACAAGAGCCAGCAAGUUUGUUAUCACUGGAGAGCUGGCAAGUGUAAUAGAUAUCCGUGUCCUUUCUUGCACCGGGAGUUGCCAAUGCCGCCGCAACAACAGCAGUCUCGGAUGGGGAAUGGAGGAGCUGGAUCGUUGUCGUCGAAGAGACCUUAUGGAUUUGCGGAUGAUCAGGCUAAUAUGCCGCGCAGGAAUUCCAAUUUCAAUAAUACUUGGGGGAGAUCGCAAGGCGGAGGAGUUGCGAGGAAGAUGGAGAAGAUUUGUAAUUACUGGAUGCAAGGGAAUUGUAGUUACGGAGACAGAUGUAAAUUUUUGCAUUGUUGGUGUACCAAUGCGUUUACUUUGUUAACGCAGCUUCAAGGUCAUCAGAAGGUUGUUAGCGGAAUAGCUUUGCCUUCUGGGUCUGACAAGCUUUAUACAGGGAGUAAAGACGAGACUGUAAGAGUCUGGGACUGCCAGUCUGGUCAGUGCGGAGCGGUGAUUAAUUUAGCAGGUGAAGUUGGCUGUAUGCUUAAUGAAGGACCAUGGAUUUUUGUAGGACUACCAAAUAUUGUGAAGGCAUGGAAUGCUCAAACCGCCACUGAUCUUAAUCUUGACGGACCAGUUGGCCAAGUAUAUUCCCUAGUUGUGGGUAACGAUCUACUUUUGGCUGGUACACAGGAUGGAACUAUCUUGGCAUGGAGAUAUAAUGCUGUCGCAAACAGUUUUGAACCAGCUGCACAACUUAAGGGUCACAAUCUCGCUGUCAUCACACUUGUUGUUGGUGCAAACAAACUCUACUCUGGUUCUAUGGAUAAAUCCAUAAGAGUGUGGAGCCUUGAAACUUUGCAGUGUUUACAGACUCUUACAGACCACACAUCGGUCGUGAUGUCUGUUCUUUGCUGGGAUCAGUUCCUUUUGUCAUGUUCUCUCGACAAAACAAUAAAGGUAUGGGCUGCUACUGACAGUGGGAACUUGGAAGUAACCUACACACACACCGAGGAACAUGGUGUACUUACGCUCUGUGGAAUGCACGAUGCAGAAGCUAAGCCAGUCUUGUUAUGCUCAUGCAAUGACAACACGAUCCGUGUAUACGACUUGCCAUCUUUUUCGGAGAGGGGAAAAUUAUAUUCCAAAGAGGAAGUUCGAUGCAUGCAAUUAGGUCCGGGUGGUUUGUUUUUUACUGGUGAUGGAACUGGUGAAGUGAGAGUAUGGAAGUGGUUAGCUGAACCAACAGCAACUCCUUGAUCCGUGGUACUGUAUGUAGUCAUCAUAGUGCAUCUCUUUUCGUCAUAGUUUAAAUAAAUAUCCUUUCAUCUUAAUAUGCGAGUUCUACGAAUGAACCGUAAGAUGAGUGGAGGCAGGUUUUGACUUUCAAGUUGUGGCACCCAUUGUUAUAAUUGUAUUGAGAGUGUAAGAUUAGUGAAAGAACUCAAGAAGGUUUUGACUUCCCAAGUUAUGAUGCCCAUUGCCAUCAUUGUAUAAUGUAUAAUAUGAAGGUGUUACUUUCGCAUAGGGCUUGUUUCGAAUAUGUUGGUGUCGGCUAAAAGCUUUCGAGAGGUAGAGGCUUGUUUAUGCCUUUUCUCACCAGAGUGGUUCUCGGUUGUAAGUUUUUAAUUAUACAUGGAGCCUUAUGAGUUAUAUGUGAAGCUUGUUUCUAGUUUCAUAUAAACCAGAGCUUGUGCUGAAUCCAUUUUCUCAGCUGUCAUUUUUUUUCAUGUGUUAAAAUAGAAAGGGAGCUUGCUUUCUGAACAGAUCAGUUCGUAGCUGAUCAUAUACGGGAUCAAGGUUUAGAGAAAUCUUGCUGACCCACGAGGGUGAUGAUGUGUAACUUUUAGGGCCGUUUAAUAAUAAAAUUUCAUUUUUGUUUUGA